AUGAACGCUGGACAGGAGCUUGCUGGGCUGCCAAAGCCGACUGAGCGGCUGGGCGAGCCGCAGGAGGAUGGACAGGCUCGGGACCUUGCGAUUGAGGCUAGGGAGGCGAGCGACGGCGGCUUGAGGAGCGCAGGAGAGGCUCAACACGGCUUUGGUGGACUUGUGGAUUCUGUGCCAGUGGCAGGAGGGCAGGGCGGGCAGGUUGAGACGGCGGGACUUGCGGUUUCGCGGGACGAGGUGGUGGACUUGGCUGUCAAAGGUCCCCUCGCGGAACUCCGCGACAUCGCUUCCAACGCUGAAGCCUCUUCAUCCUCUUCGACUGUCGCUGCGCAAAGCUUGAGCAGUCAAGCGCAGAGCGUCGCGAAUGGCGCAGCAGAAGUGCCCGAUUCGAUCGGCGCAAGUGGCUCGGUUUCCGCCAAACCCGCCCUCAGCGUUUCCAUGGCAGCCGCGACGAACGGAACGACCGGUUCCCCUCCCCUCUCGCCUCUCACGCCCGUAACGGACUCCUCCGACGAAGAUGUCAAACUUUCGAAAGGCAAAGGCCGCGCUCGUUCCGACUCGCCCGCUUCCUCCUCGACGAAACGCCGCCGUACUCGCUCGCCUCCACCCUACGUUCUCCCUCUCCCGCCUCCUCCUCCCUUCCUCGUCAAUGGCGGCGGUGCACAGGAUGACGCCCCGCUCGGUGCCAACUACCGCAUGUGGUCGGACCAAGAAGACGCCUAUCUCCUCACCCUCCGCGCAAGCGGCUACACCUUCGAGCAGAUUGCCGAGCUGGUCGGGCGCUCGAAUACGGCGGUCAGUAUUCGCUUCUAUGCGCUGAAGAGGAGGCAGAAGGAGCAUGCGGCGCAGGCGAAGAAGGAGGAGAAGGACGCGGCCGAGGUGUCGCAGUUGCUGCUGGGCGCGGCUUCGAACGGGUUUGGCGGCGUCGGCGAGUCGAGCGUGUGGACGAUCGAUGGCCAGCCGGUCUUGGUCGGCCCGUCGAACGGCUUUGGCGACCCAAGCGGUCUUGCCGCCAAUCCGCCUCUUCCCAUCGCUUCCACUUCCGCCUUCCUCCCUCUUCCGCCCGCUCCUUCCGCCUCCGUCCCCGCUCCUCCCAUCAUUCUCCCGCCUCCUGUGCGCAAGACCUCAUCGAUCCGCCACUACACCGCCGAAGAAGACGACCUCGUUUGUCAAUACCGCCAAGAAGGUCUCUCUGCCGCCGCGAUCGGCAAGAAAGUCGGUCGCUCCACCAACAGUAUCUAUAACAGGCUCACGGCGCUCGCGAGUAUGGGGAGGGAUGUCAAGCCGAGGAAGAAGACGAGGGCGAAGAAGGAGGAGGACGGUGGCGGUGAGGCGUCUGCGUAG